AUUACGUCACCUUGAGGAGACGUGUGCGUUUGUUUUGUUGGAAGUUUUGCACUGUGCGUUUUGUUUUUGGCUCUGCUAAAACAUUUGUCAACCCUCACAAUGCUGAAGUCUGAGGAUGUUAUGCACGUCCCUUUGCGCAUGUGGGACAAAGUGCUGUGUAAGGUGAACAAAGCGGUGGUUUUUGUUGACGAUAGGUGCGCAGAGAGUCUGCACUGGAGCGGAGGAGCCGCCGCCGUGUUCGAAGCCGGAGCUCGGAACCUGAAGGCUUUCUCCAGCUUCGAAUCGUGCGCGAAGACCGAACCCAAAGCCGUGUUUGUAGUGAGCACUUUGCUGAAGGGGACGACAGUGGACAUCAUCAAAGAUAUCAUAUCUGUGAGUCACUUCCGGUACUGCGUUGUGUUCACGGCCGUGGCUCACUCCGUGCACCUGCUGGCCAACAACGUGAGCGGCGAGCUGGACGGUCAACCCGUGUUCGAGCAGUUUGAAGAGAAGCUGUGUGAGUGGAUGGGCAACAUGAACUACACGGCUGAGGUUAUGUAUGUCCCUCUGGUCUUCACCCCGGUGUCACAGCAACUCCUCCUCACGCCCAUCUUUGCGCACCUGUUCCCCCUCAUCCCACCUGAUCUGGAGACCGUGAAUGCAACACGACCAGAGAAGAAGAGGUUUGGCCACCUGGUUGAUUUAGACAUGCACUCCCUGCCUUCUGAGUUACAAAUUGAACUCAAGUCCUUAGUUUCAGCCCUAAAUGCUGUGUUUGAGGCUACAGGGACCAGAGAAGAGAGCUUUGCUGUGGGGCCCAUGAGUCGAAUUAUUGCAGGAGAACUCUCCAAUCAUCCCCAAGCAAAGAAUAGAAGGAAAACAGCCCCUAAUAAAGCAUCAAUUAUCUUUGUGGACCGAACGAUGGAUCUCACAGGGGCUGUUGGUCACCAUGGUGACAACCUGGUAGAGAAGAUACUCACCGUGCUAAAGCCCUUACCUGGUCAUGUGACAGACGUGCAGGUGGACAUGCUCGAGCUCACAAGUCAGCAGCGCACCGCUCACUCCCAGACCACUGUGGCCCCCGGCUGCCUGGCACAAACCCAAUCAACUGCAGCACAGUCACUGUGGGAGGCUAUGCUAACCAAUAAACAGAAGGAGGCAGUGAUGGAGGUCCGUCGGCAACUGGUGGAAGCAGCCAGCAAGGAGAAGCUGCCAAUCAAGAUGAGUGUGGGCCGUGUGACUCCCAAGCAGCUGUGUUCCUACAUGCAGCUGUUCCGGAGUAAUUGGGAGGCGCUAGAGAGUCACUGCGGGGUCCUCCAGCUGGGCUUGGCCACAGCCCAAACACUCCACCACCCAAGACUGUCCCGCUGGGAUGCCUGCUUGGCCUCCGAGAGACUCCUUUUGCAGGCUCUGGGAGACUCUCAUUUCCCUGCUGUGCUGAGACAGCUGCUGCCCUUGAUGAAGCCUCGCGGAGAUGAGGACUCUCCAGGCCCAGGAUCAAGGUCUGGGGAGGAGGAGUGUGGACCAGAUGAGCUAAUUCUCCUGCUGGUCUACCUGUACUCACUGGCUGAAGAGGCUCAGCCUGCAGAUGGGUCCGACGAGGAGGAGGAGCUGGAGAAGCUAGAGAGAGAGCUGAUAGGAGCGCUCACCCUGGUCAUUACCCGAGAGACGGAGCUCAGCCCUUUACUCCAGAAACUCACUGGUUGUACCCACCCAGCAGAGUUGACCAUAGAGCGAGUCCAUUCUGCAGUGGAAGACAUGUUCAGGACCCUCCAAAGUCUGAGCCACACUCGAGACCUCAAGCAACUGAACUCCAUCUACACUGCCAGCGAUGGCGUUCAUCAGGCAACCUAUCAGCCUUUCCUGCGACAAAUUCUUGAGGAAGUCUUCCAUCCAAACAGACGAGAAUGCCCUGACAUCGAACAUAUGUCUGGAGGUCUCACAGACCUUCUCAAGACUGGCUUCAGCAUGUUCAUGAAGGUGAGUCGUCCACAUCCUGCCGACAACCCUCUGCUCUUCCUCUUCCUGGUUGGUGGGAUCACGCCACAUGAGCUCCGUCUCAUCAAAGAGUUUGUCUCCACCCACAAACCGGCAACUCAGGUGCUGGUCAUGUCCACCAGAUUGCUCAGGCCAACAGAUAUCCCUGAGCUGCUCUUCGCCACCCAGAGACUGGUGCCUGACAUCGGGGUGUGAUGUCAUCACGUGGAAACCUGCCUGCAUUCAUAUGCAUGAGGGAAAACAUGCCGCUGAAAUCCUUCAUCACCUCUGCACCUUCUGUCAGUACUGAAAAGGACAUUCAGCAAACAGAGAAACAUGUCCGUCAAUAUGUUUUGUUGCAUUUACUAUAUCUGAAAUGUUUCUUUGUUCACAGUAAGCUGUAAUAAAUACUGUUCUGUUUCCAAAACCCUCCAUCGCAAGUGGCUUUGUGCCAAAUCUUACACACAAGCAGGGGUGAAAUUGAGAUUUGGCAAUUGGGAGAAUUCUAAUAUACAAUGUAGU